CAGCAAUUACGAAUAAAAUAUAGGCUAUUAAUCAUCUUAGGUUGAAAUUAUCAUACUGAAGCUGUUUUAUUAGCCAGUUUCUUACAAAUUCGGCAAAAGGAGCUAAUAUCACAUGCGUGGUCCCUUUCUUGGCUUUUUCAACGGCACCCGUAUCAACAACAUCCGGAUAAUGAUAACUGGUGCGGCUAAUACGAAGUUAGCUUUAUACAGCACCCAGGAUGUAAAUAUAACUCAUAGCCAAUAGCCCGCUUGAAGAUACAAGGUUUUGGGCCAAAAAUGGGCGCCCGGCAAACGAUCAAAUAUGAGGGCCUGACUGGUCGGAGAAAAUCUACCGGUCCAGGGCUAAAUCUUUAAAUACUCCGGUGGGUUGCGGCGAAUCCUUUCACGAAGCUAUAUGGGGCACAUGCAUCCUGUCGGUAUAGCAGAUCUUCUUUAUCAACUUACGCACCAAUCACAACCAACGCUUGAACGAUAGACAGAGGGGAAACAAAAGACGACGGGUAAUUCGCGGGGAACCCAGAAAUAAACAACAAGAUGCACGGGCAAACCAAUCUCCGCACUUUCAGUGUUUCUCGGUUUUUGAUGCGUCUCUACUUACCUAGGAAAGUAUAUGAAGACAACCAUUGCCUAUUUCUUAAAAUUGUUGGUCAAUAGAUUCCUAGUCAUAAAUCUCACAUAUUUCCCGCUUUAUCAUUUCUCACAAUGCGCGGCCGUAAAGCUAUCGCCGCAUCCCUAACAUGGGCCUUGUCCAUCUCUUCGGUCUAUUCUGCACCGAGUGCAGCUGUCAAAGAGUGUGAGGUUGCAGACCACGAGGUGACCUUUAAAACAAUCUAUGUUCCACCGUCGAACUACAAUACUCCAAAAACUCUUUAUGGGCGCACAGUUCAACUGGAGGAUGGGACUCUUCUGGCAACAUGGGAAAACUACUCCCCCGAACCGCCUUUGGUUUACUUCCCUAUAUACAAAAGUACCGAUAAGGGCGAGACCUGGGCUCCUUUCUCUAAUGUCACAGACCAGGUGAAUGGCUGGGGGCUGCGCUACCAGCCGGAUCUGUAUCUUCUACCACAGGCUAUCGGCGAUCUUCCGAAGGGGACAAUUAUUUGUUCGGCGAAUUCUAUCCCUACGGAUCUUAGCCAGACUAAGAUCGAUGUCUAUGCAUCUGUGAACGGCGGAAAGACAUGGUCAUUUGUCUCUACUGUCGCAUCUGGAGGAGUUGCCUUGCCGAACAAUGGCGAGACCCCAAUAUGGGAGCCAUUCAUGAUGGUCUACGACAACCAGCUUGUCAUGUACUACUCCGACCAACGCGACCCUGCACAUGGCCAAAAGAUGGUCCACCAAGUCAGCGCCGAUGGUAUAACUUGGGGCCCCGUGGUGAACGAUAUUGCGUACUCAACCUAUGAACAACGCCCAGGAAUGCCGACCGUCGCAGCUCUGCCCAACGGUCAAUAUAUCAUGACUUAUGAAUACGGAUUGGGCCCCAAUCCUGCGGGCAGCGGAACUUUCCCCAUCUACUAUCGUAUUAGCUCCAGUCCUCUCACAUUCGACUCGGCACCAGGUCAAAUCCUCAAUGCCGGGGGGACCGUUCCAACGUCGUCCCCAUAUGUUGUCUGGAGUCCCUCGGGAGGUCCGAAUGGAAGCAUCAUUGUAAGCGCUAAUAGCCACGCCGAGAUCUUUAUAAACACGAACCUGGGUGAUGCAGAUUCUUGGGUCAAGUACGCUACCCCCCAGUCAAGAGCCUACACAAGACACCUGAGAGUCAUGGAUGACCCGGAUUACUUGUUAAUCAUGAGUGCUGGAUUUUUGAAUGGUGACAAUUAUGUGACGGAUAGUGUCAUGAAGUUGCCGAAUUUGUAACUUAGACAUCUCAUAGAUAUAAGGUUGAAAUGAAUGGGCUUAUCUACACCAUUAACAUAAAACUAUUUAUGCGCUCGCAGAUUUAUUAAUGCUAACUGCCAUCUACAUGUGUUUGGGCUAACUUAUUUGGUAUUAGAGCACCCGGGAACGAAGGAGCUUGAGGAAGGAGCAUUGGAG